UUCAUAAUGAGCUUUUUCUUAUACUUGCAAAGAAAAAGAAAAAGAAAUUUCGUAGUAACCACAAAACUUCUAUCUCCCAAUUUUGAACCACAAAUCAAUAGGAACAUAGUACAUUAAUAUUGGAUAUAACCAAUGUAAAACUCUAAUAAUACUAUAUGGUAUUUUGCUUGGCAUUUUGAUUUUUGAUCUUAACUAAAAGUUCCAUCAAUGCCUUCCAUUUUACCUCAAAAUCAUGCCAUUAGGUCCUCUCAACGAGUCCUUUCGGGAUUAUCGUCGGAUAAAAUUGGUACGAUGCAGAGAAGAUUCAUUGCACGUCGAGUUCAGAGCACCUCCCACCACUUUUUCCUACAUGCACGAGUUUAUUGUGUCUCUAAAACAAUCACCACCAAACCACCACCCGCGAAAGAACCACUAACGUAUGAGCCACUUACUUGUACUACUACGACCACUAGUAGUACGAGAAGUGUACUCAAUGACCCGAGUUUAAAAUCCACGUGGACUCAUCGAGCAUGGAUGGCAAGUGGGUGCACCACGGUGCUAAUUCCACUAGUCAAGUCUGCAACAGGGGCUAUCGACUCACAAAUGUGGGUCGAGCCCCUUAUAGCAGGCUACAUUGGCUACGUCAUAUCAGACCUAGCCUCAGGAAUCUACCAUUGGGGAAUUGAUAAUUAUGGCAAUGCCAAAACCCCUAUAUUUGGUAACCAAAUCGAUGCAUUUCAAGGUCACCAUAAAUGGCCAUGGACAAUCACUCGUCGCGAAUUCUCCAACAAUCUACAUGCCCUUGCACGGGCGGUCACGCUCACUGUCCUCCCAAUCGACCUCCUCUGCACAAACCCUACGACUCUGGCAUUCGUAGGGAUUUGUUCAGGUUGCAUUAUGUUUAGCCAGCAGUUCCACUCCUGGGCUCAUGGGACAAAAAGUAAGUUGCCUUCAAUUGUGUUAGCUUUGCAAGAUUUCGGCAUACUUGUUUCAAGAUCACAACACGCCGCGCAUCAUCGUACACCUUAUAACAACAAUUACUGCAUUGUAAGUGGUAUAUGGAAUGAAUAUUUGGAUAGAUCAAAGUUUUUUGAGUUGCUGGAGAUGAUUUUCUUCUUUAAAUUCGGCGUUCGGCCAAGAUCAUGGAGUGAACCUGAUUCAGAAUGGAUUGAAGAAACUGAAACACAAUCAAUUCCUGUUUCAAAUUGAAUUAUAUUGUAGUAAAUUCUUUUCAUAUAUAGUAUGUGUCCAUGUGAAUAAGAAUGGUACAAGAUUUAUAUUGAUGAUUUUAUGGUAUACCAGUUAAUAAUA